UUGUGACAGAGCAGGAAGAGGCUUUUUGAUAGACAUCGCAGAAAGCCGGUGUAUUUUACUGGACUUCUGAAAGAAAGAAGGACCCAUGGCUGUUAGAGGAAUGAAAUUGUCGAGUGUUUGUUUUCUCCUUUUUUAUGUGAUAUUGACAGUGCUGGCUGGGAGAGAUUUCUACAAAAUUCUGGGAGUUAGUAAAACCGCAUCAAUUAAAGAUAUUAAGAAAGCCUACAGAAAGUUGGCAUUGCAGCUUCAUCCGGAUAGAAACCAAGAUGACCCAAAUGCCCAAGACAAAUUUGCCGACCUCGGAGCUGCUUACGAGGUGCUCUCCGAUGAGGAGAAAAGGAAACAGUAUGAUGCAUAUGGAGAGGAAGGGUUAAAAGAAGGCCAUCAAAGUUCACAUGGUGAUAUUUUCUCCAGUUUCUUUGGCGACUUUGGAUUCAUGUUCGGUGGAAAUAGGCAGCCAGCUAGCCGAGAUAUUCCGAGGGGUAAUGACAUAGUACUGGAUCUUGAAGUAACCCUAGAAGAGGUGUAUUCAGGGAAUUUUGUAGAGGUGGUGCGAAACAAACCUGUAGCAAAAGAAGCCCCAGGCAAACGAAAAUGCAAUUGCCGGCAGGAAAUGAGAACCACGCAGCUAGGACCAGGUCGCUUCCAGAUGACACAAGAAGUGGUCUGUGAUGAAUGCCCCAAUAUCAAGCUUGUGAAUGAAGAGAGAACACUAGAAGUGGAGAUCGAGCAGGGUGUGAGAGAUGAGAUGGAAUACCCUUUCAUUGGGGAAGGUGAACCUCACAUUGAUGGUGAGCCUGGAGAUCUGCGUUUCCGCAUAAAAGUUUUAAAGCAUCCGGUGUUUGAGCGCAGAGGUGACGACCUUUAUACAAACGUCACCAUCUCUCUGGUGGAGGCUCUGGUCGGUUUUGAGAUGGACAUCACUCAUUUAGAUGGUCACAAGGUGCACAUUGUCAGAGAUAAAAUCACUAAGCCAGGAGCUCGUAUUUGGAAGAAGGGUGAGGGCUUACCAAAUUUUGACAACAAUAAUAUCCGUGGAUCACUCAUAGUCACCUUUGAUGUAGACUUCCCCAAGGAGCAGCUUGAUGACCAGCAGAAAGAUGGUAUAAGGCAACUUCUGAAACAGGCACCAUCUCAGACGAUUUAUAACGGACUGCAGGGAUACUGACAAAUCAGCCAAGUAAUUUAGGACUGAUUGCCCUGUCCCUGUCUGCCCUUCACACACAAUGCACACUGAGGAACAAGCAAUGGGUUGUAUUUAUUUUUUUCUGAUUGUUCUCAGGAAGGGCUGAAUAUGUUUUUAUCAUUUGUUUUAUUAUUAUUUUCUUUCAUUUACAUUUUUAAAUGCCUCGGUUUCUCAUGGAAAGGUUUUUUUUUUUUUUUGACUCAACAUGUUUCUGUCCAAAUGACAAGUUUUCCUUAUAUUGUCCCUGUUGUCAUACUCGGAGUAAGUAGUACAAGACAUUUUUCAUCAGUUAUGUGUUUGAACGCUAACUUUCUGCUAUGACCAGUAAACAACAUAUGGUCUGCUUGUUUAAAAGAACAGAAUCAUGUUUGGUUUGUGUGUUGCCAUCAGGCUACAUAUCUGUUUCCUUUGAGGCAUUUACUUGGGUUUUGAAGUUCAAACAGUAGACCUCUUAAACUGUACAGUUCAACACUUUCCUGUGAAUUUUUUAUGUGACAGACUUGUGUUCUUGUUUCUUUCACAACCCCUCCUGAUGUUCAGCCCAUUGGGUCUCUUCCUAGUUAGUAACUAUCCUUUGCUCAUUUGUGGACUGUACCAGAAAGAACAAAAAGAACAACUUCUUAGGAUUACUUGUGCACAAGUGAAGGAAAUAUCAUUUGUCAUUUUCAAAUGAAAAUUAAAAGUUUCUAAUUAUGGUUAACAGGUUUGAUAUAAACAGAUGUAUUUGUUUACUCUA